GACAUUAAUACCAUUCUCGAAUAUGUAAUGAAUGUCUGUCGUGAAAAGCCUGUACUGUUCAGGAUAUAAAUACUAUUCUCGGAUCCACAAAAUCCACUUCUCCUUCUCAUUUCACACAUAAAAAUUGCUUCUUGUUCAGUGCUAAUACUAAAAGCUCUUUGCAUCAUUUGUGUUUUCUCAUUAAAAAAAAAAAUAAAAAAAUUCUGAUUCUUUAACACUUGAAAAUCAUCGCUAAAUGGGUGCGCGUUGCUCAAAAUUUUCCUUCUGCUGGUGGCAUUCUCACCUUAAACCCUCCGUUCUUCAGUCUUCUGAUCUGGAGAAUGGGGAGAAAAAUGCAUUGCCAAGCUUUACGGAGUUCAGCUGGGAAGAAUUGAAAAAUGCAACAAAUGGGUUUUCUUCAGAGAAUAUUGUAUCAGAACACGGAGAGAAGGCCCCAAAUGUAGUUUACAAAGGCUUGCUUGAGAAUGAUCGCUGGAUUGCUGUUAAGCGCUUCAACAAAUCUGCUUGGCCUGAUUCUCGCCAAUUCAUUGAUGAAGCCCGCACUGUGGGAAAUCUGAGGAGUGAGCGCUUGGCGAAUCUGAUAGGAUGUUGCUACGAAGGGGAUGAGAGAUUGUUGGUGGCAGAAUUCAUGCCUAAUGAGACACUUGCAAAGCAUUUAUUUCAUUGGGAGAACCAGCCCAUGAAGUGGGCAAUGAGGUUGAGGGUGGCUUUGUAUUUGGCCCAAGCUCUGGAGUACUGCAGUAGUAAGGGACGGGCAUUGUAUCAUGAUCUUAAUGCUUACAGAGUCUUGUUCGAUAAGGAUGGUAAUCCCAGGCUCUCUUGCUUUGGCUUGAUGAAGAACAGUAGAGAUGGCAAAAGUUAUAGCACAAACCUAGCUUUCACUCCACCUGAGUACUUGAGAACUGGAAGAGUGACACCAGAAAGCGUAGUUUACAGUUUCGGAACCAUGCUUCUUGAUCUUUUAAGUGGAAAGCAUAUACCUCCAAGCCAUGCACUUGAUCUCAUUCGUGGCAAGAAUUUUCUGAUGCUCAUGGAUUCUUGUUUAGAGGGCCAUUUUUCAAAUGAUGAUGGAACCGAUUUGGUGCGCUUGGCUACCCGUUGUUUGCAAUAUGAAGCACGAGAAAGGCCCAAUGCUAAGUCUCUAGUCACUUCUCUCAUAUCUCUUCAGAAAGAAAACGAGGUCCCUUCACAUGUUUUACUCGGCAUUCGACAUGGAAAUGCGAACUCCACUCAGCCACUGUUGUUGACACCUAUGGGUGAAACAUGCUUGAGAAUGGAUCUUACAGCCAUACACGAAAUAUUGGAAAAAACUGGUUACAAAGACGAUGAAGGGAUCGCCAAUGAGCUAUCUUUUCAAAUGUGGACAAAUCAAAUGCAGGAGACCUUGAAUUCUAAGAAGCAUGGAGAUACUGCUUUUCGAGCCAAAGAUUUCACUACUGCAAUUGAUUGCUAUACGCAGUUCAUUGAUGGUGGGACCAUGGUAUCACCUACUGUCUAUGCUCGGCGGUGCUUGUCUUAUUUGAUGAGUGACAUGCCUAAUGAAGCUCUGGGGGAUGCUAUGCAAGCACAGGGUAUAUCUCCUGAGUGGCCUACUGCUUUUUACCUUCAAGCAGCUUCCCUCUUUAGCCUUGGGAUGGAAAAUGAUGCUCAAGAAUCACUUAAAGAAGCCACAAAUAUGGAAGCCAAAAGGAACAAAAAUUGAAAGUGUAUAGUUUCUCCUUUUUAGAAUUUAAUUUUCAUGUAUUUAACCUUUUAAAUUCCCCAUGUCAAACAUCAAAGGAUUAUUUAAAAUUGAUUGCUUAAUUUUGUUGUUUUUUGUAAACUUCAGCUCUCUCAAUUUAAGUUGUUUCUGUGAAAGGAUAGCUAA